UGUUGGUAGACAACACACACUAAUAACGGAUAUACAUGAGAAACGAAUUAUAUUGCAGCCAUGUUUUUUAAAUAGGUAUAUGGUAUGUAGUGUAUCGAGUACACUUUUAAGAAAUAUGGCAAGUUUUUCAAGGCAUGACACAAACAAAGUGUGUUGUUAUGCACAUCCAGAUGCACCACUUAUCGAAGAUCACAGAGCUGGUGAUCAGAUAUGUUCAGAGUGUGGAUUAGUAGUGGGUGACAGGGUCAUAGACGUAGGUUCAGAAUGGAGGACGUUUAGUAAUGAAAAAGCUGGUGUUGAUCCGUCCCGUGUUGGUGGCCCAGAGAAUCCUUUACUUAAUGGUUCAGAUUUGUCUACCAUGAUUGGACCUGGAACUGGUGCUGCUUCUUUUGAUGCUUUUGGUGCUUCCAAAUAUCAAAAUAGACGUACAAUGAGUAGUUCUGACAGAGCAUUAAUCAAUGCAUUUCGUGAGAUCAAUGGAAUGGCAGAUCGUAUUAAUUUACCAAAAACCAUUGUAGACAGAGCUAAUAAUCUUUUUAAGCAAGUACAUGAUGGGAAAAAUUUGAAAGGACGCGCCAAUGAUGCUAUUGCAUCAGCUUGCCUGUAUAUUGCAUGUAGACAAGAGGGAGUACCACGGACUUUUAAAGAAAUUUGUGCCGUUAGCAAAAUUAGUAAAAAAGAAAUCGGCAGAUGUUUUAAGCUGAUAUUGAAGGCAUUGGAAACGAGCGUGGAUCUCAUCACAACAGGAGACUUCAUGUCAAGAUUCUGUUCCAAUCUUGGUCUUCCAAAUAUGGUACAAAGAGCUGCAACGCAUAUUGCUCGAAAAGCAGUAGAAAUUGAUAUUGUACCUGGAAGAUCACCUAUUUCAGUAGCUGCAGCUGCAAUUUAUAUGGCAUCACAAGCUUCGGAAGACAAGAGAUCACAAAAAGAGAUUGGAGAUAUUGCAGGGGUUGCAGAUGUUACAAUCAGACAGUCUUACAAGCUCAUGUAUCCGCAUGCAAGUAAACUAUUUCCAGAAGACUUCAAAUUUGCAACGCCUAUUGAUCAGUUACCACAAAUGUGAAUUGGGCAAUAUCCUCUCUUUGAGCUUUUGGUAUAUAUUUUACUUAUUGCAAGGAUACUUUCGUGUAUAAUAAUAGUGUAAUGAAUAUAACAUUUUUUUAUAGCAUACAUUCCCGGAAUAAUUAGAUGCUAUACAAUUCUUAUUCUUUUCUCGAAUGCCAACUAAAUUAUGAAAUAUGUGAGAUUCCUUUUAGGGUAAUUUAAUUCAAUUAACUUCCUAAUCAGCAAAAUAAUCUAUAACUUAGGUUAUAUUUAAUUCGAUUUUCCAUGCACAUUGGACACGUGCUAAUGAAUAUAUUCAUAAGAUAUUUUACAUAUCUAUAUGACCAAAGCAGAUUUCACUCUAUUUAAUGAUAAUCAUCAUAAUAAUAUAUAAUAAUAAUGUAUCUAUGAACAUGCUAAAUAUUUAAUUUUGAAAAAACAAUUCUAGUAACGUUGUUAGAAUUAUUAUAAAAUUGUUCUAUAUAAAUUAUAUAAAAAAAACUUUCAUUUUUAUGGGCCGUUCAAUGUGCAAAAAAUGUAUAUAAUUUUUAUUUAUAUUUAAGAGAUGGUAAUAUGUAUAAUGGGAGUAUCAAUGUGCUAUGUUAGAUGAAUAUAUAAAGAAGAUGUUAUUCGUUUGUCGAAUUGGUAAUAUUCUCCAGCAACUUGUACCUGACAUAAUUAUCAUUACAGAGUAUGCUGGUAAUUAUAAUAUAUUAUAACAGACAUCCGUACAGCAGCACAAUGAUUCUCUGUUAGAUUUUUUAUGAAGCACCAAAAAAGGAGCGUUUGUUGCCUUAUCUGUAACGUAAGAAAAACGUAGUAUUAGAAGUAAUUGUACGAAAUAAUUGACUUUGGAAACAUAAUAAAGAUAACAUAAUAUUUUAUCGAACGAUUGAUAAUACAUAUACAAACUGGUUGAUGAAAAAAUCUUAUCUUAUAACAUAGAUAAAUUAAUUAUAUAUUUACAUUGUUGUAAAUAUGAGGAACAUUGAAAACUUCCAACUAAUGAUGAAUAAGACUGGAUAAUUUAUACAUAUAAAAUAAAUAGAAACAUACAUGCUCCAUCAUGUGUCAUAGUUAUGUUAAUCAUUUAACUUACAAAAAAAUAUCGUAAAGACUGUACAUUGGGUAAAUGAAAAAAUGAGUAUAUUAAUCUUAAUAUAUUCGCCUUAUAUUUAAAACGAAAAUAUAUAAUAUAACAGAGCAUGAAAAUAGUUUAACAUUAUUUGCAUAUUUUAUAAAUGAAAAUCAUUCUUAUUAUUUGAAAAUGAUUAAGUAUAUUAUGAGGAAUAUUUAUAUAUCUUUUUUUUUCUUCUUUUUCUUUUUUCCAAAAUAUGUUCGACAAAUUUAUUCCAAGUUUCAACAGAUAUAAAAUCCAUAUUGAUGUAAUAGUACAAAAUGUGAACAUUUUUAUGGCAUCCAUUCUUUUUUUUUUUUUUUGUUUUUUUUUUGUUUUUUGUUAAAACUGUAAUUUGAAUUAUUGACAUUGAAGGUAACAAACAAUUUGAUCGAAGUUAUACUAAAUAUAUUCAUAUAUAGAUUAUACUGGUGUUUUUGUUAUUAUUGUACGUAUCCGGGAUUAUAUGGUGCCUGCCGGCCAUAAGGUUCGAUUGUAUAAGCUGUUGGUGGUUGUGGCAUUCCUAUUAAAUUAGACAUAGAAUGGAAAUCACACAUAUACGUUUUCAUUGGGAGAUAAAAUAAUAAUAUAAAAUAUAAUAAAAGAUUACCUCCAACAUUAGUUGGAUAUGGUGUAUAAUGAUUUUGCUCUGUUUGAUUGGCAUAAUCAGAUGGAGGAUUUGUUGAAGUUUGUAUCACAUGAACAACACUUGGUGUUUGUACUUCUAUAACAAAAAUUAAUGUACUACUAUGUUCUGAAAGAACAAUUUUCAAUAAUUUCCAUUUUCAGAGACAGCGGGCGAAUAUUUAAAUAUUGACAUAAAAAAAAAAAAAAAAAAAAAAAAAAAAGAGAGAAAAAAGAAAAAAAAAAGAAAAAAAAAAGAGAAGAAAAACCGUAGAAAGCACAGUACUGAAAAA